AUGUCGGGCCCAAUAAUAUCAAAUCAUGUCGUGCACCCAUCGGAGGACCACUCAGCAGCCGCCAAUCUUGAACAGGGCGUUAACCGGCUCCCAGCACAUCUUCAAAGCCUGACACUUUCAACAGAUUCGGAACUCGAAAAUGUUCGUGUAGCAGACUUACCACCGGCUAUAGUAGAGGAGGACGAGGACACCGCCAGUGAGCCUUGUGAACCAUUGACUCCGAUCAGCACCAUCCACCCGCCUCAUUUCAACAAUGAUCAUCCGCAUGGCAAGGUGUCAAAGCCGAUAAUUAACAACGCUGAUGAACUCCCUCCUUCGACUGACCUCUCCUCGUCUCGUCCAACAAAUUGUCCUUCCAAAACACCUCCCCCGCCACUGAUCCGCCGCCAUUCACCGUUGAGAUCUGCAUCCAAGUCGAUAAAGUCGCUUUUCCGAAAAAGAAAGGGCACCAGUAGCUGUGCUGAUGAUCCGGCAGCACCAACAUCAAAUUCUAGUCCACAAGAAACUACCCAACCCCACAAUAUCUCGAUACUCACCAACAAUAUACAUCAUGGCUUGUUCCUGUCAGCAUCCCGCAAUUCACCAACCAAUUCAUCACAUUCGGGUUCACCCCGUUCUCCAUUUUCACCCUCGAGUACCUUUAAUGGUGGUGUUGCAGCCAUGCUAAGCAGCUCAACGCCAUCAGAAUCAAGUUUGGCCCAAAAGACACCUGCUCGAGCAUCGACGGGUCUCAGUUUAAGGGAGCGGGGCAAGAUCAUGUUUGGUUCGACUCCGAGACCCAAUAGGAUAGAUCAGAAAAUACGAUCCCCGAGCUUGAGCGAUGUGCAAAGCCAACCGGAACGUCCUGGGUUCUCAAUACCGGCUGUCGAGGGUGUAGGGUUAAAGUCACGUCGGAUGAGUGCAAGUUUUCCGGACGACUUUGACGUCGACACGUGCGAAUUAGACGAAGAAUAUGUCAGUGCCAGCCGAGUUCCGGGGAAACGGGCUAAAGAAAUUGGAAAAGGUGCGACUGCAACCGUCAAGGUUAUGUGCCGGAAACACGGGAAAAGACACGACCUCUAUGCAGUAAAAGAAUUUAGGAAACGUGGACAGCAGGAGGACGAGGAUGAAUAUGUGAAAAAGGUUAAAUCCGAAUUUUCGAUCGCGAAAAGCCUCGAUCACCCUAACAUCGUCAAGACAUUUCGCCUUUGCAUACACAAUGGACGAUGGAACCAUGUCAUGGAGAUGUGCUCUUAUGGAGAGGUGUUCUCGUUAGUUCAGAAAGACUAUCUCACUGACGCUGAUAAUCUAUGCUUCUUUAAACAAACUGUGCGUGGCAUUGCCUAUCUGCACGAAAACGGCAUUGCCCACCGUGAUAUCAAGCUGGAGAAUUUACUUCUUUCGGAUGAAGGCCAUAUUAAAAUCACCGACUUCGGCGUUUCUGAGGUGUUCAGCGGCAUUCACCCUGGCCUGCGUUCUUCUGGCGGACAAUGCGGUAAAGAGAUGAACGGUGUCCGCUUAUGCUCACCAGCCCCUGAAGUGCUUGCAAAGAAGGAUAAAUAUGACCCUCGCCCUCUUGAUAUUUGGUCCUGUGCCAUCGUCUACUUCUGCCUUCGAUUUCGCGCUAGCCCCUGGCCCGCAGCUGACGUGAAACACUUUCAAUACGCCACCUUCCUGGAUGGCUGGAAUCGGUUCCUGAAGCAAGAUCCGGACAGAGUCGUUACAGAGGAUGACUACCCAAAUUGCGGGCGACUUUUCCGGCAUAUUAAAUAUCUUGGCAUGAGACGCCUCCUUCUAAAGAUGCUCAAUCCCGACCCUGCGAAACGCGCCAAUAUCCAAGAGGUCAUGCAAGACCGCUUUUUCAAAACCAUCGAAUGCUGCGCUCCAGAACCCCUCGAUCCAUCAAAAGUCGUCACUUCAAUCGACGUCGCCAGUAGCGGUAGCCAUAAAUUAGCUAGCAAGAUGGUGGUGCAGAAAACUCAUCACCAUUUCCCCCCCUCGAAAAAGCUACUCCCGCAGCAUCGAUUUGAUAUGGGCGAUGGAUAUCAGUGA